UACUCUAAAAAUUAGAAGAAAAAAGAAAAAAAAAACUUCAACUUCCUCAAAGUAGAUUGUUAUAUAAGGGUAGUUGAUUCCUUGAUUACCGUCUUUAUUAUUUUUCAUUGUUUCUGUAACAGGAUAACAGCCCUUAAUAAGCUGAAAUGGAGAAACCAAUAGAUUCAAAGCAAACGAUGUUCGACAGGGAAGAUGGAUACGAUGCUGUUGUUGUGGGGUCGGGAUACGGUGGUUCGGUCGCCGCUUGUCGGUUGUCCGAGGCGGGAGUCAAGGUAUGUCUGGUCGAGAAGGGCCGAAAAUGGGAAGCUAAGGAUUUUCCUACAGACAGUUUCGGGUUGAUGUCAACUACAAGGAUGGAGAAUCACAACUUAGGUGUCAGCUUUGGUCCAAGGGAUGCUUUGUUUCAGGUUUAUGUACAAAAUGAUUCACUGGCAGCAGUGGCUUGUGGACUUGGUGGUGGUUCACUAGUAAACGCCGGAGUAAUGCUGCCAACUCCGGUUCGUACUCGAAGAAAUUCGAAGUGGCCGAAGGAAUGGGAAAGGGACUGGGAUAGUUGUCAAGCUUCUGCUGCUUCCAUGUUGAGAAUACAAAGUGCUCCAAUCCAGUUCCCUGUUGCUAAAGUUAUGGAAGAAAUCGGUGUGGGAGACGUCGAAGGAAUCGUUCGAGAUUCAUUGAAGUUCAGCAUGAAUUUCGAUCUCGAAGAGUCGUCAUCCAGAUCACCGAAGCAUCAAAAUUUGGAUACCUGCAUAGCCUGCGGAAAUUGUCUUGCUGGUUGUCCUUAUAAUGCCAAGAAUUCUACAGACAAAAAUUAUCUUGAAUCAGCAACUCAGGCAGGAUGUAUUAUCAAGACAGAGUGUGGAGUUCAGUAUGUCAUUAAGAAUCCAUUCGAAUCAGGCCGAGACGAUGAAAUCCGUGGACGAAGGUGGUUUGUGUACUUAAACGAGAUCGAUUACAUAAAAGCUGAUUUCGUGAUCCUGUCAGCGGGAGUUUUCGGCACGGCUGCAAUACUUUUCAAAUCACAGAUGAGAGGAUUAAAACUUUCAGAUGCACUUGGUUCCGGAUUCAGUUGUAAUGGUAAUAAUGUUGCUUAUCUUGCUGGAAGCUCAGGACCUUUGAAUGCCUAUGGAUUAGAUGGAAAGCAACUAUCCAAGAUACCUAUUCAAGCAAGGCCUGGACCGUCGAUCUCUUCAUCUUACACUUCUUCAUUGGGUUUCACAAUUCAGAGUGCAGUACUUCCUACUGCUUAUCCUUACAUCUUGUUUAAAGGGAUCACAACAUUCGGAUGGCCGACUGGUUACUGGUUCUUUCAUGGUGUUAUUGAUAAGCUGAAACAUCUCAUAGGUUCUAAGUCAAGCCAAGCAAUGGUGCUCAAUGCAAUGGGGCAUGACAAGGGUGAUGGGAAUAUCACAUUCGAACAGGAAACCAAUAAAAUUUGCUUUAAUCCACCCCAUGACCCUUUGCUUCCAAGAAAAGUUGAGGCCUUCCAAAGGACUACCAAGAAACUAGGGGGAAUUCUCUUCAUGGCCAAGUACCGAAGCACGUCGGUACAUCUUCUAGGUGGCUGCAAUGCAUCUUCAGACUUCUCGAAUGGUGUUUGUAGCCCAAAUGGUAAGGUUUUCGAUCCAGAGGCUCCUGGUCUAGUGCAUCAAGGUCUCUAUGUUUGUGACGCUUCUCUAAUUCCAUGCUCGGUUGGCGUAAACCCGUGCCUUACUAUUGCAACAGCCGCUGAGCAUGUUAGUAAGCACAUUGUGAAGGAUAUUCUCAAGUACAAUAGUCAAAACUGCACAGAUUUUGUUUCUAAAGUGGUAGAUCACAAUCCAUAUAAAGAAACACACGAUAAUUUGAAGAGCAAAGAGACAUCAUACGCAUCUGUCAAAGAAACAAUGAGAGGCUAUAUUGGGGGUAUGCCAUGCACAGCUUCUCUGAUAAUGAAGAUAAACUUGCAGAACCGGAACAACAACGAUGUUUCGAGUAGGUUUACGAGAAAAACUCAUCAAACUUUAAAAGGGAAAGUUGGAGGUUACCUUGUCUUCAGAGCAAUAGAGAAGGAUAAGAUGCAUAUUAUAGAUGGGGAAGUAGACAUGUUUGAAGUAGAUUGCCGAACCCCUUACACACGGUAUUUUCACUACCGCCUUCUCCUUGCCGCUUCUUCCGGGUCAAGAUAUGUCCUUGAGGGAAAGAAGAUAAUGAAUCCUUUUCCUUUUGCACUUAAUUCUUGGAACGAGACAACAACAUUGUAUGUGACAUUCAAAAGGGUUGCUGGGGAAGAAGGGUUGAACUUAAAAGGGGAGCUUAGAAUUUCCAUGAUGGAUCUACUGAAAAGCCUAUUUAGUCUUGAAGGAAACGUAAAAGGAAGAUUUAUCGAUCUUUUCUCAUCGAAUCUCCUUAGAACCUAUGUUUUACAGAUACCAUAUCAAAGUAACAAAGAGUACCUGACCGAUUCUUCCGACUAUUCUUCUUAUCCAGAGAGUACUUUCCAUCGGUUAAAAACAGAAGAUGGAUGUAACAUCAGUUGCCUGCAGUGGAGCUGUGAUCAAAGUAAAUGGAACCUCAAGGAAGAAAAGCAACCAAUUCUUCUACUUAAUGGCCAUUCCACUGAGAGUUUCUUUCUGCCAACGGAACCGAACGAUUUAAUUAGGACUUUACUGGCAGAAGGGCGUGAAGUAUGGCUACUUCAAUCGCGACUGCACGUAUCACUUCCCUCGAACAACUUCACCAUUGAAGACAUUGGAAGAUAUGAUAUACCUUCUGUAAUCGACAAGAUACGAGAAUUCCACUGUUCGAACAUAAAGGUACAUGUGGUUGCGCACUGUGUUGGUGGAUUGUCCAUUCACAUAGCUCUCUUGGGGGGACACAUCUCUCCAACUCAGAUCGCUUCGUUGUGUUGCACCAACUCUUCGAUGUUCUUCAAGGUGACUACUUUAGCCACUGUCAAAAUGUGGCUCCCUUUGAUCCCGAUUUCAAUGGCAUUGCUAGGCGAGAACAAGAUUCUGCCACUGUUAGAGACAUCAAGAUCAAAGGCCAGUUUAAGACAUCGGCUCCUAAUAGCGAUAGCCCGUUGGCUACCAAGGUACGAAAGGUGCACUUGCGAUGAAUGCGAGGUCUUUUCCGGCAUAUUUGGCAAUGCAUUCUGGCAUCAAAACGUCACCCCAACAAUGCACCAUUGGUUAAACAAGCAAAGCACAACAAACAUCCCCUUGGCAGCAUUCCCUCACCUGAGGAAAAUCUGCAAGUCAGGGUUCAUCGUGGAUAGUAACGGAAACAACUCGUAUUUGAUUCAUCCGGAGAGAAUGGCGGUCUCGACGUUAUACGUCUCCGGGGGACGAAGUCUUCUGGUGACCCCGGAGACCACUUUUCUAGCAAACAACUAUGUGAAGAUGCAUCAACCAGGGUUCAGACAUGAAAGGGUGGUUGUGGAUGGAUAUGGACAUUCGGAUUUGUUGAUCGGUGAAGAGUCUUUUAAAGAAGUUUUCCCUCACAUAUUGUCUCACAUAAGGUUAUGUGAAGAAGGGGAAAAUGUUGUGAGGAUUUCGGAGGGAAAGAAAUACGGUAAAGAAGCCUUGGAAUGGAUGGCAGAUCCUUACCAAGGCUACGGAGGGUCUCAAAGUUGUUGGUUUUUAACAUUGAUUUUUGUUGCUUUAUUAGCUUUCUUUUUAGUUUCUGUCUUAUGAUUUAUUGAGUUUCUAGCUUUAAUAGUUUUAAAAUAAACAAUGCCUUAACUAAGACAGUUUGGCCGAGUGGUCCAAGGCGCCAGAUAUAGGCUUCGGUACGAAAGAG